AUGAUAUUAGCUAAAGAACUUCAUAAACCCGUUAGAAAAAAAUUUCCAAAACGAAGAAUUUUUACUAAAGAUAUUGAUGAUUUAUGGGCUGCUGAUUUAGUUAUAAUGAGAAAUUAUUCUGAUGAAAAUGAGGGUUAUUCUUAUAUAAUAACUGUUAUAGAUACGUUUUCUAAAUUUUCUUGGGCUUUAGAACUCAAAAAGAAAGAUGGAAUUAAUGUUUCAGAAGCAUUUCAAAAAAUAAUAAAACAAGCUAUAUCACAAAAUCAUCAUGCACCAAAAAAACUUCACACAGAUAAAGAGUUCAAUGAUUGGGAAUGUAUUAAGGAUUAUAUAAAAGUGGACAUCUACAUCUAA